UUCCAGACUAAAUUUAUCAGCUGAAACUUAAAUCCAAGCCUUCCUCUGCUGACUGAGUGAACUAGCUAGCUAACUUACAGCCGGCUAAACACUACCAGAACAGUGGGUUACACUGAAAAACUCCCUUUAAAGUAAAGCGAAGCUAGUUAUCAUUUUUCCACUUUCCUCAUUCUACCACGUCGUUAAUUUUUCUACGAUUUACCGUUUAACUUAAUGCAGCUUAAGCAGCUACUCGCUGAGCUAAUGCUAACGCUAACGAUAUUUGACCUGGAAGACGUGCGACCAUUGUAAACGUCUAAACGACAGAAUCCCGGUUUUAUCCACCGAUAAGAAUGACUUGUGUUGUGGAUGAAGACGACCCGUUCCCAGUUGAUGACUGUCUGUUUUUGGAGACAUUUUCCCAGGAUAAUGUGUACACUUUGCUGGGUGAGGAGCUCAACAUACGGCAGGUGUUCGGUGCUAACCUCGGCGUGGCUGCUCCGGUCUGGGAAGCUGCGUUACAUCUGUGCCGGUACUUCGGGGAGCAGUCAGUGCAGCUAGCGGGGAAGCGCAUCAUCGAGCUGGGAGCAGGCACCGGGGUGGUCGGUAUCCUGGCAGCUCGCCUCGGUGCAAAGGUGACGCUUACAGACCUUCCUUUGGCUCUUCCUCAACUAGAAGCCAAUGUCUCUGCCAACAUGCCUUCUAGUGGUUGGCCUUCCUCCCCUCCCACUGUCUGUCCUCUGUCCUGGGGUGAGGACCACAUGAACUUCCCCUCUGACUGGGAUCUGGUGCUUUGUGCAGAUAUAAUUUACCUCCCAGAGACUUACCCACUGCUCAUGGAGACACUCGCUCAUUUGUGCAAAAACGGAGCCGCGGUGUAUCUGUCAUCCAAGAUGCGAAAAGAACACAAGACUCCAAGUUUCUAUGAGGAGCAUCUACCAAGCAGAUUUAAUGUGGAGCUUGUGCACCGUCAUGACAAACAAAACAAUAACAUCUACAAGGCGACUCCAAGAACAGAUUAAUGACUACAGGAACAGACUGCUACAGAUGUGGGACUGCACUGUGACCAGUUAUGGCUCUCUGGGUCCUUGGGUGGGUUUUUAAGAGUGAAUGCAUUCUGGAAAAUGUGCAACUAUCAGAAACACAUUUAUUUAUAUUGUUAUGUUGGGUAUUUGGAGCCACUAAAGGAUCUCUGUUAUCCUGUUUGUAUCUCACUUGUUUUAACUGAGAUCAUGUUUAACCAAUAAACAUUUUAAUGUGGGUACAAGUACCCAAAAUCUAA